AUGGAAGAAUCUCGCGAUGGAGGUUGGACCCUCGUCACUCGUAAACCCUAUUUUGGUCUCCCAACUGCUUGCCCAGUUUGUCUUCCCGUUUACAUCUACCUCAAAUUUGGUCGCUGCCCUUUCAAUUUGGAGCUCAAUUCGUCUUACCCGGAUUCAGGUACGCGCGUAAUGGACUUCUUUCUGAUUCUCUCUCUUUUGGCUUUUGGGAGCAAUCAAAUUCCCUACAUUGAGGGUGGAACUUAUGUGGCUUACAACAACGAAAAGGGUGGGGUUAUACAACAAUUGAAGCAGGAUGGAGUUGUUGAUUUGGAUUCUGAAUUCAGCUCGUUGCCAGAAUGGGUAUCAAUGAAGGCAAUGAUGAGUUCAUGGCUAGCUGAUGCAAUCACUUACGAGCUCUGGCUAGGAUCUGGUGAAAAUUCCGCCAAGCAGAUUUAUUAUUCGGAUCUUCCUUGGGUGAUAGGGAAGGUUCUUUUUGUUAAACAAGUUUAUGAUGUGAAGCAGCGAUUUCAUAUAAGUAAACAAAAUGCCGAGAAAAAGGAAGAAGAGAUUCAUGAUUGUGCAAAAGCUGCAUACCGAGCUUUGUCUGCAAAGUUGGGGGAACAAGAUUUUCUUUUUGAGAGCAGGCCAACAAGCUUGGAUGCAGACCUUGUCGGGCAUGUGCUUUUCAUUCUUCAAGCUUUACCUGAAGACUCAGUUCUCCGGACUGCUGUCUUGGAGCAUGAAAAUCUCAUAAGGUAUGCUGAAAGACACAGGAAUGAUAUCCUAAAUUCUGAUCCAUCAAGUGCAUCUGCUUCAAAUUUCCAGCCUCCACCAUCAGCAGCUCAAACAAGUUCAACUUCUUCUCCCAGGCGUACAAUCUGUCCAAUGUCGACUGGUGGCCACCAAAGAUCGCGCAGUUAUCAUCUGAGACGUCACUACUGCAGCUAUCCUCGGGUUCAUCUCUGAAGGAAGAAGAGCUGGCCAGGAAUCUCGAUGACGAUGAACGAAACGAAGCUGAUCGGAUUAGCGCGACUGGAUUCAGCAUUUUCAAUGCUGCGAGAUCAUUUGAGGUGGAUGAUAUUGAAUACUGAGCUCUGCUAGACUCUAACAAACCAGAAACCACUUUAGCUGAAUCACAGAUCCUUCCAAACUGAUCUUCCAGAUCCUUGACAACUUCUGCCAUGCUUGUUGGUCUUCUGUUAACAUAGGCUGUAAAACCUUGUUUCUCAGCUUCUUUACUACCACUACCAACAGCCACAGCUUGUCGAUUACGUGGCUGGACUUGUCUCGAAUUCUGGUUUCGAGACACCUCAAUCCUUGUAGAACUAGUUUGUGGCCGCUGCUGAGAAGAACCCUUCAUCAUGAUCUCGUCUUUGCAGUCACCUUCAAAGCAUAUAUCAUCAUCGUCGUCGUCAUCAUCAUCAUCAUCAUCAUCUUCAUCAACAUCUUCAACUAGUACUUCUUCCUUGGGGUACUCAUUGUGCUUUACCGGAGGAGGACGAGGAGGAGCUUGUUGUUGUUGUUGUCGAGGAGCUUGUUGUUGUCGUUGUUGAUGUCGUUGUUGUUCUCUCCUUUCAUCAACUUCAUGCUCAGUUUCAUCUUCCAAGUCAGGAAUACCUUCUUCCUCUCUAACCCGUCUCAACCCUCUAAUCUCAUCAUCUCCACCCAUGUGGUGAUCAAUGCUGCUACGAACCGGGUAGCCAUAGUAAUCCAAUGAAGAGAAAGGAUCCCAGAAGCCAUCCCACUGAGAUGUCUGAGGUGAAGGUGGAGGAAUGUAGGCUCUAUCAUUGGAGGGAGAGUAAGAGAAGAAUGAAGAAGAAGGUUGUUGUGGUGCAAAAAAAUUAUCACCCUGAUAAUAAUCCAUCAUUGGUGGAUAAGCAUCCAUAUGGUACGUUUGUGGUGACUGAGGUGGUCUCUCCUCGACAAACACUGGCUGGUUCCCACCUGAUCUUAGGUAGCUUGGUGGAUAAGCAUCCACAUGGUACGUUUGUGGUGACUGAGGCGGUCUCUCCUCGACCAACACUGUCUGGUUCCCACCUGAUCUUAGGUAGUUGACUGUCACAGUCGGCCUAGUUCUAGACUGUGGAAGUGCUGGUGCGAACGAUUUAUGUGAGCUCGAGAUAAACUGCGGGCUUCUACUGCCUUUCUUCGAUGGAGUGGUGAACUGUGGUGGAGCUAUGAAGGAGUCCAGAAACAAAUCCUGAGGCUCACCGGAUUCUACAUAGUCAUGGACGGCAGCAGAUACCCUUUUCAAUGACUGAACAUAAGCCAAGUGGCUGGACGCGAACCUUGUUCUCUGCUCUACCGCUUGCUUGAUGAACUUUUUCCGAUCUUUACAUAGCUGUACUGCUUCCUCAUCGUCCAGCUUCGAUGUUGAGCAUCCCAUAUUCCCCCUUUCACCUCUUCUGCACAAGUGUCAUUUGCUUAUUCUUUUUCAGCUCUUUGAAGAACCCCAAUGGCACUGGCCACUGAGAGAUCCUCUUAGAACAGACCCACAAUAGCGUUUCUUUGUUCUUUUUCACUUCUGAUCAAGCUUCAACCCCUGAUGAGAUUCAACU